AUGAUGUUCAUUCGGGCCUCUUCGUUCUGUAUCAAUAUAUCCAGCCUCCGAAGAAGAUCUCAGACAUAUCUUAAGACCUCGGGAACUCUCGUAUCAUUCAUGGAGAUGACCGAGUCCCAAUUGUCCAUUGUGCUUCAAGAAGCACUCACUUGUUUCCUCGCCUUCCUCUCGCAUUCCCAAAGGCUGCGAGAAGCCAAGUUACCUCGCCAAGGUAAAGACAUUGAAACAACAGCCGAUAUAACUUCCCAGAAAUAUUUUGAGUCUCGUGUAGCUGCUACGGAAACAUGCUUGCAAUAUACAAGCAGAAUUGCCAAGAGUGUCAGGAGGUGGAACAAGUAUGCUGCCACCGAUAGCAAUGAUGAAGCUACAGGUGAGCCUGAAGUGGUGAGCUUUAGAGCCUCACUACCAGAUGGCUAUGAAGCAUCGUUCUUAGACAUGUUUUCGGGGGCCUGGAUAUCUCCAACGAGUCCAUUAUCGGCAGGGCCUUCGCGGAUUAGCAUUGAGGACACCCCUCGACAUGAAGCUGAAAGUCAUGGUACUCAGCCUGGACUUCGCCGUCGCAGAAGAAGAAGGCGGGACAUCGAUGAUCAACUUAACAAAGUCUCUGCCGAAGGAUCUUCCCACCCGAGCAGAGCAUCCAUUAGCAUUCAUCCAAAUAUCUCCAUCUCCCCAAACAUCUUCGAGAAGCGAUCCUCUUCGCCUAUGCCCAGCAUUGUGUCAAGGACCCCAGAUAAAACAGAGAUAUCAUCUUCUGUCUCUUCGGUCUGGGAUGAUCUUGGCACUAGCAACAAUGAUUCAAAUGUUGCAGCCAAGCUUGAUCGGAAGAAGUCAAGAGAUGAAAAAUACAACAUUUACGCCGAAAGAAAACAGAUGCAGGAGAAAGAACGGGAAGAAGAAUCGGAUAGACGAGCAUACGAAGCCAAACGAUUAUCGGACCAAUUGGCACAAGAGUCGAAAAAUCGUCUGAGGGCGCAUGAGAAAUAUGCUAAGAAACUUGAGCAGGAGGGGAAAGAGGGCGCCGAAAGGAGAAGAGAGGAUAGGGAAGCCGCGCAGAAAGCUCAACAACAAUGGGAAAUGGCAGCGAUUGCACGCGAGACUGAAGCCAUGAGGUUGGAGGAACGAGAGAGGAGGAAGCAGGCAGAGAUAGAAAGACUCGCAGAAGAACAGCGAAAGCUGAAGAUCCAGAGAGAAAGAGCCUGGGCCGAUGAGACUAAGGAAAGAAAUCGGAGAAUCAGCGAGGAAAAGAAGCUGAAAGAGGCUGAGAAUAUAGCUGGGUGGCAGCGUGAGCAGAGGGAAAAGGAGAGGAAAGCAAGACUACCCAAGAAGGUGGAUUGUAUAUCUUGCAUGGAAGCUGUGCGCGAGAAGGAUACCGCGAUUCUCCCAUGUAACCAUAUAUAUUGUGGAGAUUGUAUUAAAGGCGCGUUCAAAUCAGCCUACAAGUCUAGGAGUCCUUUCCAGUGCUGCGGCACCACUAUCCCCACUUCCAGCGUAGCCCGCAAUCUAUCCAGUUCCUUCAUCGAGAAGUAUAACCUCAUGGUCCUGGAACUCAAGACCAAAAGACCAAAAUACUGCGCUUCGUCUCGUUGCAACAAGUUCAUACCACCUGCGGAAAUCCACGGUCCUAUAGCUGUUUGUCCGUACUGUAAAACCAGGACGUGCGUCGCCUGCGGAAACAAAGAGCACUCAGGUGUCUGUACAGAAGAUCAAGCUGGUAGGGCUGUCCAAGCGCUGGCGCAGAGACAAGGCUGGAAGCAGUGUCCGAAAUGCAGCCAGAUAUUGGAGAGGACUGAAGGUUGUCUACACAUGACUUGUCGAUGCAAAGCCGAGUGGUGCUAUUCCUGCUUGAGGAGCUGGAAUGUUUGUCGUUCAACUUGUGGACGGUGA